AUUGCGGUGGAAACAACCGGCGUCACCUGACACAGUCACGAACGUUGACAGCCCGGGAGACGUGGUGUUCCGAGAACGGCCGUAAGAUCAUCGAGGAUCGAAAUAUCGCGACGGUAACAGUUCGAGCAACAACAUCGACCGUGACGGAACGAAAAGCGUCGCGCGGUCAGCGACAACACAACGAAGAAAAAGGACGCUUCGGGAGACCAAAGAGACUGUCACCUGUCUUCCGAACACCUCGGGUCUUGUCCAUCCGAUCCGUCAAUCAUGCUGCUUGCGUAAACGUAGCAAAACGGCCUGGCUAUCCUGAGCAUGACGCGUUGAGAAUCUCGAACGAGACCACCGCCAACGAGCCGUGUACACAUUUUACCAGUCGGAGGAGAGCGAAGAGAUCGAAGGAGAACGAUCCUGGACUUGUCCACCUAACUUCGACUUCGAAAUCGCAAAUAACAACCGUCAAAGUCGAAUUAGCUGCGGCCAUCCCCGAAGAGGCUCCGAAUCGUGGCCGGGAUCUAUAGAUUCGGUUCUAGUUCUGGCAAGGAAAAGAGUCAGCCGGAAUGUCAGCACGUUUCCUCGUCGGCCAAGGGCACGCGAAUCCCAGGUCGGGGAAGGUGAUAACUAUAGAGCGGGUUGCCCGUGCUCCAUUCAUAAUUGAGAAAGUCUAACCGGCCCGAGGCCGCGGCUCGAGACCAUGAUCGAUCCUUGUUUUCACGGCGAUGAGCGAUCAGUCGCGAUUUCGCGGAGUUUCACGUACGAGCGUCGAUCGAAUCGGCGUGCCGCGCCGUCGCGCUUCCGAUGAUCCGCUGCCCGGCUUCUCCGUGCAGUUGAUUGAUCGUCGACGGAAACGCGUCCGCGUCCGCGUCCGCGUCCGCGUGUGCUGUGCUAGAUCCUUCCGAGAUCGCGGAGUGAUCCGCGACAGAUAAUUCCGUUUCGCGAGCGUUCCGUUCGACGCGAGCGAUUCGCGCGGCUCGAAUCGAAAUCGACUCGAGUGACUUGUGGAGUUUGCGUCGUCGGUGCCACCACGGGGAUCGAUAGGACCUACUCGUCGAUGAUCGCGAAGCGAUCUUCGGACAGAUCCGUGGUUAGCUUUCUGUGCUCGCUUCGAACAGCGACCGGUCGAUCGGAACACUCAUAAAUCAAAUUCAACGUUUUGCAAAUUAAAUUCCCCCUCGUGCGAAUCAAAUUCACCGAUUUGCUUUUCGAAUUCAUCAUUCUCCGAAUUCUAUUCAUUUAUCUUUUUAAUUCUAUUCGUAUCUAUCGUUUUAUCAAAUCGAAUUCACCUUUCUUGCGCUCCGAAUUCUUCGCGAAUCGAGUUCUCAUCUUUUUGCGAAUUAAAUCGUUUUAUCUUCGUGCAAAUCAAAUCGUUGUAUCGCCAAUAGAAGAAGAAGCCACUCUCGGUGCGAGCAACCAUUAUGAGAAUCGGGGGAUCGUGUUUGCCCAUUGUUCGCGGGAGUGACGGUGUUCUAUCGGCGUCGCGGGUUCGAGAAUGACAGCACCGAUCACUAGUAUCGCGAAGUUUAUGCACUAUUUGCGUGUUACCGGUGACGGAUCAUUGUUCUCCGGGAGGGCUGUUAGUUUCUGGUAAGCAUCAUGGAUAACAAGGAGGCUCGCAUCGAACAUGAGAUACAGAGCAAUCACAGUGGACCGCAAAGUUUGUCCCCGAAGAACGCAAGCAACGUCGACCACAGCCCAAGGAGAUCUUCGGUGAAGGUGGACCCUGAGAAUGCGGCUGCGGAGACGAAUUCGACGACUUCGACGCCCCAGAGGACUGCCAGAUCCUCUACAGAUUCGAACUCGUCGUCGAUGAACAAAAACAUUCAAGGGAUGGUUGCGAAUAACAAAGACAACUUAUACGACACCGACAAGAACGGCGUUAUUCCUGGAUCGCCGAAGCUUAACAGAAAAUGUUCCAAGUCCAGUGUCUACCCUUCUGGAACGAAUUUGACCGCUAGAGACGCGUUUGGUCCGAGGCUAGCAUCGGCCACGCCCACCAGUACACCAUUCAUUGAUUCGCCAAUAUUUCCGGACGAGAUACCAAGAGACGAUAUCUUGCUGCACAAGGAUUCGUCCACACAAUUGGAAUUAGAUCCUGAGACAUUGUACUUCCGGGAUGGUCGAAGACGGAUCGAUAUGGUGUUAGCGUACCAUGAAGACGAUAACACGGUGCUGACCGAGAUAGAAACACGUCGGCAGGAACAGAGGCACAUAUUCCAACAAAAUCUGUUGAAGGAAGGUCUGCAAUUGGAAUUGGAGUCGAAAGAGAACUCCUUCGACGGAAAAACUUAUUUCCUGAAGCUGCAUAUACCGUGGAAGAUCAAGGUGCAGUACGCGGAAGUGAUGAACUUGAAGUUGCCUACCAAAAGGUUCAUCACGAUCUCUGUGAAAGCCUGGCAAGGUACCGAGGACGAGAAAGAAAGACCGAAGCUUUGGGAGAAAUGUUUACGGUGGAUAAAAUGGAUAAGGAAGAUACACACUUGGGACGUACGGCUGUAUCCGGAAGAGCCUAGUUUCUAUAAAAGCAUCGAUUCUGGAGACCGUGAAGAAAGAUUCGUAGUGAAAGAUAGGGACACGGCUUACACGCCAGCGCAGAGGUCACUGAUAGUGAUGCAAAUUCUAUUAAGGGCUAGGUACGACGAACAUCACGACAAAGCUGGUAUCCGUAGACUUCUGGCGGAUGGUACUUUCCUCGACUGCUUUGCUCUGCAUGAAGGACUUUACAAUAAGCCGAUACUCAAUGGGGAGAUCCUCGACAGACAUUUGUUGUACUUAAUCUGGGCAAGACCAUCGCAAUGGUACAAGAAACAACCGCUUUGGUUGAUCAGACGGUAUUUCGGCGAGAAGGUAGCCUUAUAUUUCGCGUGGCUUGGGUUCUACACGAAGAGCUUGUACGCGCCAGCGGUCGUCGGGCUUCUGUGCUUCAUGUAUGGCGUGGGAAGUAUGGACAGCACCGACAAUAUACCUAGCCAAGAAAUCUGCAACGGAAAUAUCGCUGGAAACAUCACGUUGUGCCCGAUUUGUGACAAAGCAUGCGACUAUCAGAGGCUCGGCGAAUCCUGCAUCUUUUCGAAGCUCACCUACCUGUUCGAUAAUCCUGCCACCGUCUUCUUCGCUGUAUUCAUGUCUUUCUGGGCAACGACAUUCUUGGAAUUAUGGAAACGCCGACAGGCUGUCAUAAUUUGGGAGUGGGACCUGCAGAAUGUUGAGAGCGACGAGGAGCCUAGACCGGAGUUUGAAACCACGGUGAAGACGUUCCGAAUAAACCCCGUGACCAGAGAACGGGAGCCUUAUCUGCCCACCUGGUCCAAGGCGAUGCGUUUCUGCGCCACUGGUUCCAUAGUGUUUUUUAUGAUAUGUGUAGUUCUGGCUGCAGUGCUGGGCACGAUCAUUUACCGAAUAUCGUUAGUGGCCGUGUUCUACAGCAGCGGAGGCCCGUUCCUGAAGAAGCACGCAAAGAUCUUCACCUCUAUGACCGCUGCCUUUGUCAACUUGAUAAUCAUCAUGACACUCACCAGGGUGUACCAUCGUCUGGCGCGAUGGAUGGUGAACAUGGAGAACCCGAGGACGCAGACCGAAUACGAGUCGAGUUACACUUUUAAGAUAUUCCUCUUCGAGUUCGUCAAUUUUUAUUCGUCGUUGAUUUACAUUGCCUUCUUUAAGGGUAGGUUUUACGUUCACCCCGGGGACACAGAUGCGAGGACUUCCGAUUUCGUUCGCAUAAAAACGGACGUUUGUGAUCCAGCUGGAUGCCUAUCGGAGGUUUGCAUACAGCUCGCCAUUAUAAUGGUGGGCAAACAGUGUUUCAACAAUUUCGUGGAGAUAUUAUCCCCGAAAAUGAGAAACUGGUGGCGCAAAAGGAGUCACGACGCGGCCACGAAGGACCAGUCUAGAUCCGAGACUUGCUGGGAAAGAGAUUACCAUCUGCAGGAUCCUGGAAGACUCGCUCUCUUCGACGAGUAUCUAGAAAUGAUACUGCAGUAUGGAUUUGUAACGUUGUUCGUCGCAGCGUUUCCUUUGGCACCGUUAUUCGCGUUGUUGAAUAAUAUAGCGGAGAUACGUUUGGAUGCCUAUAAAAUGGUGAGAGAGGCAAGGAGGCCAUUAGCCGAGCGAGUGGCAGAUAUUGGUGCUUGGUACGGCAUACUUCGAGGAGUAACUUACGUUGCAGUGGUGUCGAACGCAUUUGUCAUCGCAUAUACAUCGGACUUCAUUCCACGAAGCGUAUACGCGAUCGUUUACUCUCCAACGAACGAUCUGAUCGGUUACAUCGACAGUUCUCUGUCAGAGUUUAAUACGUCGGAUUACCGGGAAGAUAUGAAGAGCCAAACGCGGACGAAACAUCCGCAAACUUGCCAGUACAGAGGAUACAGGAAUGGUCCCGAACAUCCGACCGAUCCCUAUGGUCUUAGUCCGCAGUAUUGGCACGUUUUCGCAGCUCGUUUGGCUUUUGUGGUCGUUUUCGAACAUCUCGUGUUCGCCCUAACUGGAAUAAUGAGCUACAUAAUACCAGCGGUGCCACAUUCCCUAGGAACGCAACUGCAACGAGAACGGUUGCUCGCGCAGGAAGCAAAAUAUGAGAAAGGUUUGAAAGGCAGAGAAAAUGACGAUGACAUUUUGUCGAUGCUGAGAGAAGCAGGAAGCAUUGGGAGAACUGGCGGUGGCAGAGGUAGCUGGCCAAGACGGUUCAGCAAAGUGAGCGAUGGUCUGGAUGCUCACGUGGACGUAGGUCCUAGAGCUAAUAAAAACAGCGACGACUCGACUGUGUGGGAAGUCACUUAAUAAUUACAUGAUUGAACACUUAUUCGACAUUCGA